UGUCCGUCGCGGACGAGUUUUGGUGCAGCGCGAGCUCGCGUUAUCUCCAGUGUGUGUGUAGUAUGUCAGUCACACAGGCUCUGUUGUUGUUCGUGAUGCUGUUUGUGACCGACCAUCUCAGUACAGAACCAGAACAACAUGAAGCUCUGAAACACACCGACACACACAACGUGACGGAUGCGGAUGAAAUUACAACCAUAAGCAACUUCAGUCAGACGUCACAGCAGUCGCCGUCCCCAGCAGGAUUGGUUGCUGGUUGCCGUGGUAACCAGGUUCAAUCAGAUGGUCAGAAUUGCUCUUGUGCAGCAGGUCACCGUCAGGACGAGACAGACGAGUGCAAAGAUGUUGAUGAAUGUCAGCAGGGUGACAUUUGUGGUUACCAUGCCAACUGCACGAACACACCCGGAUCCUUCCUGUGCAGUUGUCUCCGUGGUUACCUGAUUGGUCUGAAGGGAUGUCAAGACAUAGAUGAGUGUGUGUUAGCAGCAGUAACAGGCCUCCGGGCGUGUGGACGCAGGGCAGAGUGCACAAACACACCCGGAUCUUUCAUCUGUUCCUGUCCGCUGGGAUUCGUGCUGGCGCUGGACGGGCAAAACUGCGUCGACGUGGAUGAGUGUAAUUUCGAGGAGAGCUGUCGGCGGGAACUCGGGAACCUGUGUGUGAACACAGAAGGAUCAUACAAGUGUUCAUGUCAACACGGAUUCAGAGAGGCAGAAGCCACAUGUGCAGAUGUUGAUGAGUGUGUCGAGCAGCAGAACGUGUGUGUUGGACAAGGGGAAUGUGAGAACACGCUGGGCAGUUACAGGUGUGUCUGUCAGCGGGGUUACCGUGGAAACGGCACCCACUGCUCAGAUAUAAACGAGUGUUUGUCUGGAGAUCAUGGCUGUGAUGUCAACGCUCGCUGCGGGAAUAUCAUCGGCUCAUAUUUCUGUCAGUGUCAACAGGGAUACAGCGGAGACGGACACGCCUGCUACGAUGUAGACGAGUGUGCGCAGGAUAAUGGACUCUGUGAACACAACUGCACAAAUUGGCCUGGAACACACAGCUGCCAAUGCACUACAGGAUACACACUUACACAUGACCUACACAACUGUACAGAUGUGGACGAGUGUGGGGUCAGUAAUGACACAUGCGAACAGUUCUGUAUGAACACGCGUGGAUCAUUCCUGUGCUCCUGUCGCCACGGAUACCAGCUGCACAUAGAUGGACACAGCUGUGUGGACAUCGACGAGUGUAGACUAGAGAACGGAGGCUGUUCACAUGAGUGCACAAAUACCCCCGGGGGACAUGUGUGUCACUGUCCUUCUCCUCUGCUUCUGGACCACCGCAACACAACCUGUGUCAAUGUGACCUCGUGUGCUCUGAGGAACGGUGGAUGUGAUCAUAUCUGCUUACUGGGCUCAGGCGGUCACGUUCAGUGCAGCUGCAAAGCAGGAUGGGAGUUGAGCUCUGACCAAAGAUCCUGCGUCGAUGUGGAUGAGUGUUUGGGUUUUAAUGGAGGAUGUGAGCAGGUGUGUGUGAAUGACGCGGGGGCUUUUAGCUGCGGCUGUCGCUCAGGGUUUGAGUUACGUAAAGAUGAGCCCACAAAAUGCCAACCCUUGUGUGAUCCUGUCUGUCAGAAUUCAGGAGUGUGUGUCUCUCCGAACACAUGUGACUGUCCGCCCGGUUACCCUGGGCCGGGAUGCUCUGCCAUGUGUUCUCCGCCCUGCGCUCAUGGAGGUUCAUGUAUGAGGUGGAACACCUGCUUGUGUCCCCCAGGCUGGACAGGUGACGGCUGCCACACAGCGGUGUGUUAUCUGCCGUGUGGUAAUGGUGGACGGUGUGUCGCUCCAAACACCUGUCAGUGUCCCUCAGACUACACCGGACCUCAGUGUCUCAUACCUCUCUGCUCUCCACCGUGUGUUAAUGGUGGCAGGUGUGUGGACAUCAACACCUGCAGCUGUUUGGACGGUUGGGAAGGCGCUCGCUGUCAGAUAGAACCCUUAAAAUGUGCACCGUCGUGCAAGAACGGUGGGGUGUGUGUUGGCCUGAACAGAUGUCAGUGUGUGGAAGGAUUCACAGGACAGCUCUGCGAGACAGCUCUCAUCACGCCAUGUGUCCCGCCCUGCCAUCACGAAGCCUCCUGUGGUCCUCACAACACCUGUGUGUGCUCGAAGGGAACCAGCGGAUUACGCUGUGAGAAACUCACCUGUCCUGUGGUGACUGUGGUGGUCAGUAUGGCUCGUGCGGUGCGUAAAGGCUUCAGAGAGAGUUACGUUGACCGCUGCGGACCCCUCGGUGUCCAACUCUGCACUAAAUACAGGAUAAAUCAGGCACGUGUGUACCUGCAGGCAUACAGGGUGGGCUACAAGAUCCAGUGUGCAGAAAGCACAAAACCAUGAAGAACAGGACGCGACGAACAAAACAAAUACAGACUUACACUGUUUCUGCAUAUUCUGACAUCAAUUAUUUAGCACACACACAGUACAGUUGAAUGUGUAUGCGUAUGUUUUAUAUAAAUGUGUUUGAUAGUUGAAUGGUUCAUGAUUGUGUAUUGUUGAUUUUGCUCAUUGUGUAUGCAAAAUGUUUUUUAUAAAACAAAUAAAAAUACGUUUGUGGUA